UCGAAGGUCAGAGCAAGCUGUGGAUUAUCUAACUCGUAUUGUUACUGCAAUGGAUGGAGAAAAGAAAAGCCUGCUCUCCGAUAAUCAUCCUCAGCUUCACAUUAUAAAUGUUGGCUCUGAGAAUAUCUUCCUUCGACGGAAAAUAAACGAUUAGACAAGUGCACUAAAUUUAUACAUGUGCUCCAACACUUCAAGCAGCGCAUCAACUGAUUAUUUAUACCAUUUGCUGGUGUGGCUUGCCUUUUCUCAUUCUAUUGGUUACACGGCCGACAAUAAAAGGCGCGCUUGUGUUGUAGUUUUUCUUCAUCGGUUUCCUUUAGUCCCCUAACACGACUCUACCAGACCGGCUCCUAUAUUCCUAUAUUCUCUCUCGCCUUGUUCACACAAACCUACAACACCCUUACUUCCCUUAAACUUUAGUAAUCAUGCGUGAAGUUAUUAGUAUCCAUGUCGGACAGGCCGGUAUUCAAAUCGGUAACGCCUGUUGGGAGCUCUACUGUUUAGAGCACGGUAUUACCCCUGAUGGUACCGUUGCCUCAGAUAAGCAAUCUUCCCAGUUCGACUCAUCUUCAAGCACCUUCUUCUCUGAGACUGGUGCUGGCAAGCACGUCCCGCGUGCCAUUUUCGUUGAUCUUGAGGAGACUGUUGUCGAUGAGGUUAGACGUGGUACUUACCGUUCUCUCUUCCAUCCUGAGCAAUUGAUCAGCGGAAAGGAAGACGCCGCCAACAACUACGCUCGUGGUCAUUACACUAUUGGCAAGGAGCUUGUAGACUCUGUUCUUGACCGUGUCCGCAAGCUUGCUGAUGCCUGUACAGGUCUGCAGGGCUUCUUGGUCUUCCACUCCUUCGGUGGCGGUACGGGAUCUGGUUUUGGUGCCUUGCUCUUAGAGCGCCUCUCUGUUGAUUAUGGCAAGAAGUCUAAACUCGAAUUUGCUGUCUAUCCUGCACCCGAGAUGGCCACUUCCGUUGUUGAGCCUUAUAACUCCAUUUUGACGACCCAUACCACUCUUGAGCACACCGACUGCGCCUUCAUGGUCGAUAACGAGGCUAUUUACGACAUCUGCCGUAAGAACUUGGAUGUCGCUCGUCCUUCGUACACUCAUCUCAACCGCAUGAUUGCCCAGGUUGUUUCGUCCAUUACUGCCUCCUUGCGUUUCGUCGGCUCCCUCAAUGUCGAUUUGACUGAGUUCCAGACCAACUUGGUUCCUUACCCCCGUAUUCACUUCCCCUUGGUCACUUAUGCCCCGAUUUUGUCGGCUAAGAAGGCUUUCCAUGAGCAACUCUCUGUCCAAGAGAUCACUUCGGCUUGCUUCGAGACCUCCAACCAGAUGGUUAAGUGCGACCCUAAGAACGGCAAGUACAUGGCAUGCUGCUUGUUGUACCGUGGAGAUGUCAUCCCUAAGGAUGUGACUGCAGCUAUCGCCAACAUUAAGACGAAGCGCACUAUUCAGUUCGUCGACUGGUGCCCUACUGGCUUCAAGGUUGGUGUCAAUGAUCAAGCUCCUAGCGUUGUCCCCGGCGGCGAGGUUGCCAAGGUCAAGCGCGCUGUCUGCAUGCUUUCCAACACCACUGCCAUCGCUGAGGCCUGGAACCGCCUCGACCACAAGUUUGAUCUUAUGUACGCCAAGCGUGCCUUCGUCCACUGGUAUGUUGGAGAAGGUAUGGAGGAGGGUGAGUUCUCUGAGGCCCGUGAGGAUUUGGCUGCUUUGGAGAAGGAUUAUGAGGAGGUCUCCUCUGAUUCUAUGCAGGAUGAGGCAGAGCCUGCUGAGGAGUACUAAGUAGUCUCAAAUAGCUGAUGCUUUAUAAUUUUCGCAAGAUGUGGAUGAUCAUUAACUUUAAUUCCUAUUUUGCAUUAAUUGUGUGAACUUCUAAUAAAAUAUAAAAAUGAUAGUCUAUUCAGU